UCAAAUAUGACAGGGUGGUAUCACCUUCCCAGGGCCACAGUUUGAUGGGCAGCUUUCCGCAACGUCUUGUUCUGAGCCCGGCUAUCUUUAGCACUUGGUGUCCCUGGGAGUCUUGUGACAGCAAUUCAUACAUUUUACAAAGGUCACUGUAAAUCUCUCCCUCUUGCUGAUCUCUCUCCUCUUAGGCAGUAACGGCUCGGGAACCUUGUGUCCUUUUAACCCCUUCCAUGCCGGGCACAUUGUUUGCCUAGUGCUGGCUUGUGUAUCUCUUCUGACUUCUAACUCCUAUUUUUUUUUUUUUUUCCCCCUUUUAAAAACAUGCCGCUACUUGAUGAGCGUGUUGUAUCGGCAUAUCCAAAAAUUGUGAAAGCUGGGGACAAGGACCAGGAUGGGCAGCUAGACUUUGAAGAGUUUGUUCACUACCUGCGUGAUCAUGAGAAGAAGCUGAGACUGGUCUUUAAAAGUCUGGACAAGAAAAAUGACGGACGGAUUGAUGCUCAGGAGAUCAUGCAGUCCCUCCGAGACCUGGGAGUUAACAUCUCAGAGCAGCAGGCAGAGAAGAUUUUGAAGAGCAUGGAUAAGAAUGGAACCAUGACAAUAGAUUGGAAUGAAUGGAGAGAUUAUCACCUGCUGCAUCCAGCAGAAAACAUUCCGGAGAUCAUCCUGUACUGGAAGCACUCUACGAUCUUUGACAUGGGAGAGAACUUGACAGUACCAGAUGAAUUUACAGUAGAAGAGAAGCAGACGGGGAUGUGGUGGAGACACCUUGUUGCUGGAGGUGGUGCUGGGGCUGUCUCUCGUACUUGUACUGCUCCCCUGGACAGACUGAAAGUUCUCAUGCAGGUUCAUGCGACUCGCAGCAAUAACAUGUCCAUUGUGGGGGGCUUCGCUCACAUGAUCCGAGAAGGUGGGUACCGCUCGCUGUGGCGUGGGAACGGCAUUAACGUGAUAAAAAUCGCUCCAGAGUCUGCAAUCAAAUUCAUGGCAUAUGAGCAGAUAAAACGUCUAAUUGGAAGUGACCAGGAGAUAUUGGGAAUCCGUGAGCGACUUGUAGCUGGUUCUUUGGCUGGUGUAAUUGCCCAGAGCAGCAUUUAUCCCAUGGAGGUUCUGAAGACUCGCAUGGCACUGCGCAAAACAGGACAGUAUCAGGGGAUUCUGGACUGUGGGAAAAAGAUCUUGCUGAAGGAGGGAGUAUCUGCAUUUUACAAAGGAUAUGUCCCAAAUAUGCUAGGGAUCAUACCGUAUGCUGGCAUUGACUUGGCAGUAUAUGAGACUCUGAAAAAUGCCUGGCUACAGCGAUACGCCACAAGCAGUGCUGACCCUGGAGUGUUUGUUUUACUGGCAUGUGGGACUAUAUCCAGCACGUGCGGUCAGCUUGCCAGCUACCCACUGGCACUUGUCCGGACACGCAUGCAGGGGCAAGCUUCGGUGGAAGGGGCUCCUCAGGUCUCAAUGGUUAAUCUAUUCAAGCACAUCAUUAAAACAGAGGGAGCAUUUGGACUGUACCGGGGACUGGCCCCCAAUUUUAUGAAGGUGAUUCCUGCCGUCAGCAUCAGCUACGUAGUGUACGAGAACCUGAAGCUCACUCUUGGGGUGACCUCUCGGUGAUGUCCAUGAACACUUGCUGGACUUUUGUACUCUGUCUUGGGGUGCAACUCCCUGAAUGUGAAAUCUCCUGUUUUCAUUCUGUGAAUGCAUUUAACACUAAAUUAAGGAGUUUGUCAUAACCCAAGGGCACUCUUGGCAUUGCAGCUGUAUCUACAGAGCUGUGCCGAGUACAACCCUCAUUCCGCCCCUGCUGGGGGUCCGUGUACACCUGGCAAACUGGAGCUAUGUUUACAGUGUCUAUUAUGGCUCAUCUUUUAGGUUUUGUCAUUUCUUUUACAAAACCCACCAAUUUUAUUUUUGUGUGUUUGUAUCUCUGAAGACGCCAUGUAUAUCCUAUGAAUGUAUUUUUAAGGGUCUCUAUACUCCGGCCGUUUUUAAUCAACGCAUGCAGCUGUACAACACUCUAUGCAGGAGCAGAGCAUCCGCUUGAUACUCCAUGCCACCAUUUUGCCACUGAAAGAAUUGGCCGUGUUAGCUGCUUGCGAUUGUGACUUAGUAGUGGCCUUAAGACCUGAUUCCUGAAGUCUAUACAAUUCUAACAUUCCCUUCCCACACUAAACCAUCGGGGAGUUGCAUGGCGUUGGGUGCUGUGUGAGAUCGCAUUGUAUACAGGAUCAGUCCAACUGUGGAACAGGAUGUCUCACAUUCCUCUGAUUUUUGUAUUGUUUUAACUGCCUAGCAUAUGUAUAUUUAUUAUAUAUUUAUUUAAGAGAGUUAACAUUGAGCUAUUUUUACAGAUGUAUAAUUAUAAGUAGAGUAUUGUGGCCUUUUUUUUUUAAAUUUCACUAACGUUAUUUUAUGCGGAAGUUAUUUUGCUGAUGAUACAAAUGUCAGAGAAUAGCAUGUGCCCUUUGUCCAGGUACUAAUGUUCUUGCUAAAGAUUUCCCUGCCAAACCAGUGACCUUUAUCUCUAGUAAUAUAGUGGAGGGAAGAAACUGUGACCAAAGUCCAAGAUUGCAUUUUUAUGUCUGUGCCGGGUUGAAGAUGGGUGCGCAGGGUCUUCUGGAGCAAAGCGUGUAUCUGGGCUCCGCAAGCCCAUAAUCUAUUCUGACUUCAAAAGGAAACGUUGCACUUUAAACAUAGUUUUUUUGCAUUUGGGUAGGUUUGGUGCUCUACAUAUUUUGUUCCAUAACUAACCAACUUAUGCGCUGGAGUAUCUUAAUGACCCAUGUAGCUGUUUUUCAUUCAGUUUUGCUGCUCUUGAAAGUAAUUGAGAAGCCAAUGCAAAAAAAGUAUAAUAGUUACCUGCCUCUUGUAAGUGGCAUCUUGUGUACAUGCCAUAAGUGUGUGUCCUCAAGAUCUGCUUAAUAAAAUUAUUUAUGAUAAAGUGA